UGCAUGUGGAUACUAUAUAAGAAGCUGCCGCUUGGUCCAAAUAGAAGUAGAAACUAGAGCCAAUUCCAACUCCAUGGCAUCGCAUGCGACGAGAGAGCCGGUGAAAGUGGUUGUUAUCAAUACCCUUUACGUAGAAGCCGAACCAGUGAGCUUCAAAUCCAUCGUUCAGAACCUCACUGGUAAGGACUCUCACAUUCCAGAGACAGAAGAGAGCUCGGCUAAGGGCACUAGAAGGAAUAGGGUUGGAUCCGCUAUCGAUGGCAAAACAGUUGCCGCUCGUGACAAAGGUUGCAGCUGCAAUUUGGUGGAAGAGAGCUCGGCUAAGGGCACUAGAAGGAAUAGGGUUGGAUCUGCUAUCGAUGGCAAAACAGUUGCCGCUCGUGUCGAAGGUUGCAGCUGCGAUUUGGUGGAAGAGAGCUCGGCUAAGGGCACUAGAAGGAAUAGGGUUGGAUCCGCUAUCGAUGGCAAAACAGUUGCCGCUCGUGACGAAGGUUGUAGCUGUGAUUUGGUGCCAUGGACAGAAGUUCCAUUUGGUGAUUUGGGAUGGGAGUCGUUGAUGUUGCAGCUGCCUCAAGAUGAAGGAAUGGGGUGGUUGUGGCAAGAGUAGUAUAACCUCAGUUUUACUUCCACUCUAGUAAUAGCUUCAUGUAUGUGUUUUUCCCUCGAUAACAAGAAGGGUUUACAUGGUCCCUUUAGGUGCGGUGGAAUGGAAUAUAGAAUGGAAUGAGUUUAAUAGAAUGUAAUAUAACGAGUUUGGAAGAAGAAUGAUAAUUUUUCGAUUGGUAUAGGAGACAUAUGUUAUUCUGAAUAAUAUAACAUGCAUAUUCAUUUCUUCAUUUUGUUGCUUAAUAAGCAUGAUGGUGGAAUGAACGUUCCUUCAUCUUUUUUGUAAGAAUAUUCAUUCCAUCAAAUUGAAGGAAGUUAGCCAACAUAAUAGAAUGGCCAUUUCAG